UCUUUUGUCUUAUUUUUAUCCCAGCAGCCACCCAAGCGGCCUACUUCUCACAGCAGCCCCAGGACCAAGUGGUUGUGUCGGGUCAGUCGGUGACGCUACCUUGUAUCAUUGUGGGCUACAGAGGAAUGGUACAGUGGACCAAAGAUGGCCUGGCACUGGGUGGAGAGAGAGAUCUGCCAGGCUGGACGCGCUACUCCUUAAUGGGGGACCCACUAUCAGGCGAGCACAGCUUGCUGAUCGAUUCAGCAGACUUGGCGGAUGACGCGGUGUAUGAGUGUCAGGCUACACAGGCCGGGCUGCGCUCCCACCGUGCCAAGCUCACUGUUCUAGUCCCUCCUUCAGACCCUGUGGUGGAAGGCGGCCCUGUUGUGCGGCUGAAGGCCCACACACCACACAACCUCACCUGCAGAGCCUCAGGAGCCAAACCUGCUGCUGAGAUCACCUGGUACAGAGAUGGAGAGAUCAUGGAGACUGCGAUUUAUUCCAAGUCACUAAUGGAGGAUGGUAAGAGGGAGGCAGCUGUCAGUAUGCUUCCAAUCAUCCCAGAAGAUAGCGACUCUGGACGCACCUACACCUGCAGGGUCCUCAACCCAGCUGCUCCUGCUGGUCGACAGACAUCAAUCACCAUCAAUGUCCAGCACCCUCCAUCAGUGACUCUGUCAGUCCAGCCUCAGACAGUGACAGAGGGAGCCAAGGUUCUCUUCAUCUGCUCUGCUUCUGCCAAUCCUGAGAUCACUGGAUACAGGUGGUCUAAAGGAGGGGUGCCCAUCUCUGAGGCAAAUGGGGACAGCCUUGAAGUGACAGUAGACCAUUCGUACUUCACUGAUCCUGUCUCCUGUGAAGUGUCCAACUCUGUGGGCAGCACCAAUGUCAGCACUCUGGUCGAUGUGCAAUUUGGCCCCAGACUUCUGGCAGAACCCAAACCAAUGACAGUGGACAUGGGGAUGGAUGCAGCUUUUACUUGUGCAUGGACUGGAAACCCUCCGCUGACCCUAGCCUGGACAAAGCAAGGCUCCACUGUGGUGCUCAGCAAUGGUAACACCCUGCAGCUGAAGGCUGUUACCCAGGAGGAUGCUGGGACUUACACCUGCAAGGCCAUUGUUCCUCGUAUUGGAGUUGCUGAAAGAGAUGUCACUCUAACUGUGAACGGUCCACCCAUCAUCACAGCAGAUGCCACACAGCACGCUGUCAAGCACUCCAAGGGAAAGCUGGAGUGCAGGGUGGGCAACAGUCCCCCACCGGAGAAAAUUGUGUGGACCUUUGGGGACAUGGCCCUGUCAUCUGGCACCUCCGGUCGUUACUCAGUGCAGACUGUGGCCAGCGAUCACGGAGUCCUGUCCUCUCUGGUGCUAUCUGAGACCCUGGCGCAGGAUUUCCAGAUGCGCUAUAACUGCACAGCUUGGAACCGUUUCGGCACCGGCACUGCUCUGGUCACACUAAAAGAGCAAGAGGCUCUGCCAAUGCUGAUAAUUGUUGGUGGAGCAGUGGGUGGCGGUUGUGUCCUGCUUAUCUGUGUCAUCACACUGGUAUCCCUCUGCUGCAGGCACACAGGCAAAGGUAAAAGAUGCACUCGUCUGUCUAAGAGUGACAUAAGAGUUCAGAUUGUUCAUAGUGAUCACAACGCCACACGAGGCAAUGAUGAUGAGGAGGACGUCAAAGAACCCAUGAAAUGCUUGGUCUUCCCUCAGGCUCCAAACAGCAGCGAGUCUCCAGGGACAUCUCGCACAGAACACAGCGACCUCUUAGAGGAGGAGGAAGAUGAAAGAUCGGACAUCAAGGACCCUACUAAUGGUUACUACAAUGUCCGUGGCCAUGAUGACCGUCACAUCCGCGGCAGUGGAUUCUCUGAGUACGUGCCCAACACCCGGCCCGUCUACACUCCAUCACAGCUGCCCUCCCCCAGCCCCGUGUACGGUCAACACGGCACUCAGCCUCGCGUCUAUGAAUUCUCCCACCGAUAUGCAACCAACACAGUGAGCAGAUCUUCUUAUGAACAACAGCAAGCUGCCCAGCAGCAGCCUACCCAACCAGCCAGCAUAUAUCCCACUGAUCCCCUCUACAGUGGCUCAGCUUACUUACCUGCUACCUAUGGUCGUGCCUUCACCAGCUAUGUAAAGCCUGCUUCCUAUGAAAAGGUGGAUGCCUAUGACCAAUCAGAUCAGGCAAGCAAGGUGUCUAGCUCCUCUCGCUUUUCUUAUGCCUCGUCACAAGUGUCCUCCCAGCAGUCAGACUAUGGCCAGCCGUCUCAGCGCAUGCAGACUCAUGUCUGAUUUGAUAAGAAAUGCAAAAAAAAGAAGCAUACAGAAAAAGUGAGUAGAUAGCCAUUGCUCACAACGUUCUGCAUGGAUUUGUUUGGACAGUAUUCAGAGGGAGUCGUGUUAAUAGGGAAUGGGACAACCAGCGUAUCCGUGAUGGACACUAGGAUCUACAAUGUUGCUACCAGUAGAACUUCGAAGCUGGAAAAUUAAUCAGUUUGUGAUGUUCACGUCAAACAUAAGAUGAACAUCAGUCUUUCUACAAUGACCACCCAGAAGAGAUACUCUGUGACUGCAAGGGGCCAACUAGAAGAAACUAAACCAUCUGCAUCUCCCCGAAAUGGGUGACCAAUACAAACAGGAUAGUUGUUUACCUGCAUUCCAGAGUUUGGUUCGAGUGAAAACGAAAACUAAACCUCUUACAUACUUUCAAAGAAGAUAUCACAGCCACAGACAUAUUUAAGAAGAAGAAGAAAAAAAAACUAUGAACAGCCUUUUGUUGUCUGUCAUUUGGUGUCUUGUUGGCAUGCAAACGGAAUUCUAAGCACAUCUGUGUCUGUAUCAUCAACAAAAGAUUGAGCUAACCACAGAGAAAGUCAUAAACUGUUCUGCACAACAGGCUAGCUGUACUGACCAACAAGUGCUCGAGGCGUUGUUCUGUACUCCGAGAAAACCAACAGCGGAAUACUUCUGGCCUGAGCUGUAUUUCUGGAGCAUCUUCUGAUAAUAACCAUCACAUGUUUUGGACAUGGCAGUGUGGUUUACCAGUGGAUCAACGAAGGAGGGAAAUUUGUUUAUACUGGCCUUCAAUUUAAUGGAGGACUUUGUUUACUGUGUUUUAUCCCAAGAUUGACAAGGUGAGGCCAUAAAAUCCCAAAGAUGGUGAGAGCUCUAUGGGGGAUACGGGGGCGACUGCUAAAAUAUCCGCUGUGCUACCCUUUGUGUUUUCUGAUUGUAAACUGAAAAAUAGGAUCUGCCCAGAACAAUCAAAAGUGGUGUUUGGAAAACGUUGGCAAUCCUGAACUUGAAAUAAAGUUGAAUGCAGCUUCAAUGUCAGCAGGCUCAGGUGGAGUAAGGCAUUAAAAAGGUAGUUCUCAUGUGGACACCUUACUCAAGUUUUACAUCUCAAUCAAAUUGACUCGAUAUGUUUACAAUAAACAGUACUACCCUGAAACUCUAAAACUCUGUACAAAUGGCUAAGCCCAUACUUUCUCUCUGUUGCAUGCAAUUGAUGUGUCUUGUGAGAAUCUUCAGCGUUUAUAUUCAUGUCCAUUUCAUGUUUGAGACAUUGGUUUCCGCACCCGAUCCUGUUGCAUUCCACUUCCCGGACGUUUUAGUAUGGACGCCUGUACUGCCAUUCGUCUAAAAAAGCUGUUGUCAUGCAGCUGAGCGAGAGAUCAAAUGUCACUUAAAGUGAGAAGGCAAACACCAUCGCUCGUCUUUAUUUUUAUAUUUUAUAUAAGCCUUAAAGUACAGCGUGUUAAGCUGCUCUAUUGUAAAAUAUCUUUAUAUACAUAUGUAUCUAUCUUGGUUGGUUUGGCUUCACAGAUUUUCUUGUCUAAGUUGUUCAUCAAUCACUGAAUGCAGUUACUCUGCUUUUUUUGGAACACAACUAAUUGCCAUUUGUUUUUGUUCAUUUUAAUAAUGUAUUAAGAAUUUUAUUUGCUAAAAAGGAGCUAUUGUUGCUUGUACCUUUGUACACAUAUUUAUAUUUAA